UGCCACCCAACCAAAGAUACGAAAACAAUGGAAGCCAUAUCUUGCAAGCACCUUAUCACGUCCCUUUUCAUAAUUCUUUCUUCUAGUCUCACCGCCGCACACGGUGGCAGAAGACUGAGUGAAAGACCAUACCAAGAAGCGAGCACGGUGUUCAUCAGAACAUCUUGUAGUUCAACAACGUAUCCAACACUCUGCUACAGCUCCCUGGUGAAGCAUGCAGACUCGAUCCAAACAAAUCGCGUGGUGUUAGCCGGGACGGCCCUGAACGUGACUCUUGCGUCGGCGAAAUCGACAUCGGCAAUGAUGAGGACGCUGGGAAAGAGACAGGGGCUGAAGCCAAGAGAGGUGGCGGCGAUGAAGGACUGCGUGGAGGAGCUGGGUGACUCGGUGGAUGAACUCAGAAGGUCCAUCGAUGAGAUGAGUCAUCUUAGAGGGUCGAACUUUGAGAUGACGAUGAGCGACGUGCAAACGUGGGUGAGUGCUGCUCUGACGGACGAGAGCACCUGCACCGAUGGCUUCCAAGAGACUGCCACCGGUGCUACAAAUAUUAAGAGCACUGUGAGAGGUCAAGUUGUGCAUGUAGCACAAUUGACCAGCAAUGCAUUGGCUUUGAUAAAUCAGCUAGCCAAUUCUCAUGGUUAACCUGAUCAACUCUCAAAUUUGUUGCAUUUUAUGUCCCCGAUACUCUUCAACUGUUCGUGUCCCUCCUACGUAUACUCAGGAUCUUAUGUUGUUUUUUAUUUUUUAUUUUUUAUUUUCUUGUUCUAUCACUAAUUGUAUCA